CAGCUCAGAGUUGUUCAAUUAUCGCCAGCUAAGCAAGAGAAUGUCUGUUUUCAGGAGCAGAAACGAGUCUGUGCGUAUCAAGGGCCCCACCUCGGCUCUCUCGUCGUAUUUACGGCACCACAACAUUGGUAGCAACCUCCGCAGGAACAUCGACCACAACGUCGACAUCGAGGAGGAUGCCCAGCACACUGAACCUUUGACUGAAAAUGCAGAAGCACCUCAGGAUGAGAAUUCCAUUGUCCAGACAGAAGAAGCCCAAGACGCUACCGAAACCACAGCAAGAACCGCAACCAGGCGUGAAACUAGAGCCAGAGGAGGAAGAGGUUCAUUUGCAAAUUUUCAGAGAAAUUACAAUAGAAUUCUUGCCAGAAACAACCAGAACAGCGACCAUGAAUUGAAUCUCAUUCAAAAUGCUGAUGGUCUGGAAAAUUCUGACGAUCCGGAAAAUUCUGACGAUUUGGAAAAUGCUGAUGAAAUUGCUGAAGAUAUGCAGAUUGAAAUAGCUUUUAGAAGAAAAAGAAAAUUGAAUAUCGACUCCAACAAUGAAUUGAGCGAACACGAUAAUGAGGAUGGAUAUGAUUCACAAGAAGAAACCCUUCUUUUUGCCCUAAGAGGUCCAGGUCAAAAGAGUAUCUGUAUCGGUUGUGCACGAGGUUUUGUUAUUGAUGUUUAUUGCAAACAAAUAACUGAAAACACUCGAUAUUUUUUCGAGAAAUAUAAUUCUCAAACUGGUUAUUUAUGUCCUAUUUGCACGAAAGAGAUUGAUUCUAUCUAUAAAAAAAGAAAAAAAAAUCAAUUAGCUGCUAGAAAAAAAAGACUAAAAGUUGCCGCUGCCUUAUUGAACAAACAAGAAUACAAACUCCCUUCCUUACAGGACCUCUGUAUUCAACUAGUCUCUAAACACAUUGAUAACAUUGAUGAGCUCGGGGAAGUUGGUUUUGGAAAUUUAUCUAAAAUAUCAAUGGCUUUAUCGAAAAAUAGAUCAUUGAAUACCAGAACUGCAAAACUCUUUUUUCAUUCAGAUUUAAAAGAAUUAAACUUAUAUGAUUGUUCCAAUGUUGGUAAUGAUGCCCUACGUUUAAUCGGUUCUUAUUGUCCAAACAUAGAAUCUCUCAAUUUAAAUAUGUGUGGUCAGCUUCAUAGUGAUACAUUACUAUAUUUUGCCACCAAUUUAAAAAAUCUUCAUUCUAUUUCAUUGAAUGGCUGUUUUUUAAUAGAUGAUACAGCAUGGAAUACAUUUUUUGAAACAAUCAAUACUAGACUAAAACGAUUUGAUAUUAAAAACACUCAUCGUUUUGGCAAUGAUUCCUUAGUUAGCUUAAUUAAAAAUUGUGGAGAAAGUCUACAAGAACUAACUUUAUCCAGACUAGAUGGAUUAACUGAUCCAACAGCCUUUCAAAUUCUUGGUUCUGAUUUACACAAACUAGAACUGCUUGAACUCUCAUAUCCAAAUAAGGAGGAGUUUAUAACUAAUGAAUUGAUUAUUUCGAUAUUAGCCAACAAUGGAUCUACAUUAACCUCAUUAAAUCUUGACGGUUGUUCCGGUUUGGGGGACUCCUUUUUAAUUAAUGGAAUAAGACCAUUUUGCUCUAUCUUAACAAGUCUUUCUUUAAGAUAUUUGGAUUUGAUAACCGAUGAGGGAGUGUGUAAACUUUUCUCAAAAUGGGAUUUAAAUGCUGGUUUAAUGCAUCUAGAUUUACAAAAAUGCGUCAGCUUAGGAGAUACAGCAUUGGUCGAAAUUCUUACUCAUUCAGCAGAUUACUUGAUUACAUUAAAUAUAAAUUCGGUUUAUGAAAUUACUUCUGAUUUUUGGGCGGUCUUAAAAUAUGUUAAAUUAAAUUUAUUAACUUCAUUAAAUGCUGGAUUUGUUAGAUCUAUGAAUGAUAGUACUAUCGAAUUUCUUGGAAGAUCUUGCCCUAAUUUAUCGCUUUUAGAAGUUUAUGGUGCAAAUAAAUGCACGUCAAAAGCUAUAAUUAGAAAAGGAUUGACAGUUAUUGGAAGGCAAAGUGAUAGUAUUUGAUUCCAGAAAGUAGUGAAUUAAUUUCUCGUUAUUUCAAUAGUUUUAUCAUAACUAGCAAAAGCAACAGUUCAUGAAAUUUUAUUGCAAACGUUUUUCUUAGAUUAUGAAAACUAUUGGUGAAAAAUAGAUAGAAUUUAGAAAUGAUUUAGAAGAGAUUUGGAAGAGAAUUAGAAGAGAAUUAGAUAGAAAAUAGUAGGAAGCUAAAUAAGUCUGUAUAAACAAACAAUAUUAAUUACUUUAUAAUUUUUC